CAACACGCCUUCAGCUCGUAUUGUGCCUUGAGCCGACAGGACGGAAUCUAUGUGGAAAUGUGGAUCUCUAGAAAUAGAUGCAGGAAAGGAUUUUGGAGCGCCAGCAGGAUGAGCUCCGAGCGGGACUCGGAGACCACCUUGGACGAGGAUUCGCAGCCCAACGACGAGGUGGUGCCGUACAGCGACGACGAGACGGAGGAUGAGCUGGACGGCCCGCAGCCUGCGGCCGAACCGGAGCAAAACCGCAUCAACCGAGAGGCUGAGGAGAAGCGAGAGGUGCUUAAAAAAGACUGCAGCUGGCAAGUUAAAGCAAAYGACCGACUCUUUCAUGAGCAGCCCUACUUUAAGAGAACGGUGUUCCUGUGCUUCAAAAGAAGCAAAUAUGCAGGAAAUGCAAUUAAGACAUACAAGUACAACCCAAUCACAUUUUUACCACUGAAUCUGUGUGAGCAGUUCAAAAGAGCAGCCAACUUCUACUUCCUUGUUCUUCUUAUUUUACAGACGAUUCCCCAAAUAACAACUCUUUCAUGGUAUACAACCCUGGUGCCCUUGCUCUUGGUGCUGGGAAUAACUGCAGUGAAAGACCUAGUGGAUGACAUUGCUUGUCACAGGAUGGACAGUGAGGUUAAUAACAGGACAUGUGAAGUAAUCAAGGACGGGAGGUUCAAAACCACAAAAUGGAAAGAUAUUAAAGUUGGAGAUGUCAUUCGUCUGAAGAAAAAUACUUUUGUUCCUGCUGAUAUUUUGCUGCUAUCCAGCUCAGAACCAAACAGUCUGUGCUACAUAGAGACAGCUGAACUAGAUGGUGAGACCAACUUAAAAUUCAAAAUGGCCCUUGAGGUAACGGAUAGRUACCUUCAAGAAGAAAGUGCAAUGGCAGCCUUCAAUGGUCUGAUUGAAUGUGAAGAACCUAAUAACCGACUGGAUAAGUUUGCAGGAACAUUAUUCUGGAGAAACACAAGAUAUCCAUUGGAUGCUGAUAAGAUUUUACUACGUGGAUGCAAAAUCAGGAACACAGACUUCUGCCAUGGAGUGGUCAUAUUUGCAGGCGCUGAUACAAAAAUAAUGAAAAAUAGUGGAAAGACCAGAUUUAAAAGGACACAGAUUGACUCCCUUAUGAACUACAUGGUUUAUACUAUCUUUGUCUUCCUCAUCCUGCUGUCCGCUGGCCUUGCCAUAGGACACACGUACUGGGAGCAGCAGAUUGGCAACUCGUCCUGGUACCUGUACGACGGAGAAGACUACAGCCCUCCUUACCGUGGCUUCCUUAAUUUUUGGGGAUAUAUCAUCGUUCUCAAUGCCAUGGUUCCCAUUUCCCUUUAUGUGAGUGUCGAAGUGAUUCGUUUGGGCCAAAGCUAUUUUAUAGACUGGGAUCUGCAAAUGUAUUACCCCGAGAAAGACACACCUGCAAAGGCCAGAACCACCAAACUGAAUGAACAGCUUGGACAAAUCCACUACAUAUUCUCUGAUAAGACRGGAACCCUUACACAGAACAUCAUGACAUUUAAAAAGUGUUGCAUUAAUGGACAAAGAUACGGAGACUGCCGGGAUGGGUCGGGGCAGCUGCAGAACCACCCCCAGCAAGUUGAUUUUAGCUGGAACGUGUAUGCAGAUGGAAAGCUCUCCUUCUACGAUCACUACCUGAUAGAGCAAAUUAAAUCUGGAAAGGAUCCAGAAAUUCGACAGUUCUUUUUUCUGCUUGCCAUUUGUCACACGGUCAUGGUUGAUGUUUCUGAUGGUUGGCUCAACUAUCAAGCAGCCUCCCCAGAUGAAGGGGCCUUGGUUUCAGCAGCCAGGAACUUUGGCUACGUGUUUCUUUCCCGAACACAAAAUACCAUCACUAUAAGCGAGAUGGGGAUGGAAAGAACUUACGACGUCCUUGCUAUCUUGGAUUUCAACAGUGACCGGAAACGAAUGUCUGUCAUUGUAAGAGAAUCUGAGGGAAAUAUCAGGCUAUACUGCAAAGGAGCCGACACUGUCAUUUAUGAACGUCUGCAUCCAAGGAAUUUAAAGAGAGAAGCUACAGAAGAAGCACUGGAUAUUUUUGCAAAUGAGACGCUUAGGACACUCUGCCUGUGCUAUAAAGACAUUAGUCAGGAGGAAUUUGAAGCGUGGAAUAAGAAGUUCAUGGUGGCGAGUGCAGCUAUAACUAACCGUGAUGAAGCUCUGGAUAAAGUAUAUGAGGAAAUAGAAAAGAACCUCAUUCUCCUUGGUGCAACAGCUAUUGAAGACAAACUACAGGAUGGAGUUCCAGAAACAAUUAACAAGCUUUCAAAAGCGGGCAUUAAAAUCUGGGUGCUUACUGGUGACAAAAAAGAAACUGCUGAAAAUAUUGGAUUCUCUUGUGAACUCUUAACAGAUGAAACAACAGUCUGCUAUGGAGAAGAUAUAAGUGCCCUUCUCCAAACAAGGCUGGAGAACCAGAGGAACAGAGCUGGGUCAAGUACACGUUCCUCCCUAGGAAUGAACGAGCCGUUCUUCCAACGUGGUAGAGACCGUGCGUUAAUAAUCACUGGCUCCUGGCUGAAUGAAAUCCUGCUAGAGAAGAAAAAGAAGAAAAAGAAACUUAAACUGAAAUUCCCCAAAACAGCAGAAGAGAAACACAAGCAAAUUGAGAAGAGAAGAAGGGCUGAAGCCAACAAGGAGCAGCAGCAGCAGAACUUUGUAGAUUUGGCGUGCGAAUGCAGGGCUGUGAUCUGCUGCCGCGUGACGCCGAAGCAGAAGGCCAUGGUGGUGGAUCUCGUGAAGAAGUACAAGAAAGCUGUUACUCUGGCUGUUGGCGAUGGUGCCAAUGAUGUCAACAUGAUUAAGACUGCCCACGUCGGCGUCGGCAUCAGCGGGCAGGAAGGGAUGCAGGCCGUCAUGUCCAGCGACUACGCGCUGGGCCAGUUCCGCUACCUCCAGAGGCUGCUGCUGGUCCACGGCCGCUGGUCUUACAUAAGGAUGUGCAAGUUCCUCAGAUUCUUCUUCUACAAAAACUUCGCCUUUACGCUAGCCCACAUCUGGUAUUCAUUUUUUAAUGGCUUUUCUGCCCAGACAGCAUAUGAGGACUGGUUUAUCACCCUGUACAAUGUGUUGUACACGAGUCUCCCGGUGCUGCUGGUGGGCUUGCUGGACCAGGAUGUAAGCGACAGACUGAGCCUUCGGUUCCCUCGAUUGUAUGUUUUGGGACAAAAAGACUUACUUUUUAACUACAGGAAAUUCUUUGUAAGCUUGAUACAUGGAAUUAUAACUUCACUGAUAAUCUUCUUCAUACCAUAUGGAGCUUACCUUAAAACUAUGGGGCAAGAUGGAGAAGCACCUUCGGAUUAUCAGUCAUUUGCUGUCACAACAGCCUCUUCUCUUAUAUUUGUCGUCAAUUUUCAGAUUGGUUUGGAUACAUCUUACUGGACUUUCAUCAAUGCUUUCUCGGUGUUUGGGAGUAUUGCACUUUACUUUGGUAUCACGUUUGACUUCCACAGCGCUGGAAUCCAUAUUCUCUUUCCUUCUGCCUUCCAGUUUACAGGAACUGCACCAAAUGCUCUGAGACAGCCCUACCUUUGGCUGACCAUGGUUUUAUCAGUGGCUGUUUGCUUACUUCCUGCUGUUGCACUGCGUUUCUUAUCAAUAACAGUCUGGCCUUCAGAAAGUGAUAGAGUAAGUAAAGUGCAGCGCAGCCCGGCCGUGCCGCCCGAGGAGCCGUGGCGGCGGCGGCGCAGCGGCCUGCGGCGCGGGGGGCCGGGGCGCCGCUCCGCCUACGCCUUCGCGCACCAGCGCGGCUACGCCGACCUCAUCGCCUCGGGCCGCAGCCUGCGCCGCCGGCGCCCGCCGCUGCACGAGGGCCUGCGUCCCCACACGCCGCUGCACGAGGGCCUGAACCCCGCCGUGCCGCUGCACGAGGGCCUGCAGGAGCUGUACGUCUCGGAGCAGGAGGGCAGCGACUGCACUGGCGAUGGGACGCAGAAGAAGCCGUUCAAAACCGUCCUGAAGGUGGGUGCAGGAGACAGGGGUGCUGCCCGCUGGCAGUUCCCACGGCCCCYGCCGCGAGCCCCUGCCACAAGCAGCCGGCUCUGA